AAUGUCAGAGUCUGAGUCUGAAAACCAAUAAAUAUGUCUGAAAAAAUUUGUUAAGGUCGGAGAACUCUAGAUUUGUUGAGGUGCUGAGAGAGUUAGAAUCUUCCCAGACCUGUCAGUCCCUUUCCCUGCACUCCUUCUUGAUGUUACCAAUGCAACGUGUUACGCGGCUUCCGCUAUUAGUGUCCGCGCUCCAGGGUCGUCUUUCAUCUACAGAGCAGGAAUAUCACACGGCUAGAGAAUGUAUAGAAGUGUUGAACUGUUUAGUAGAGGAAUGUAAUGAGGGUGCUAGAAGCGUUUACAGAAUGGAGGAACUGAUCUGUAUUAGUAAACUUUUGGAUUUCAGAGAGUUAAGAGCUAUAGCUCUAAUAUCUUCCUCAAGAUAUCUAGUAAAACAAGGAGAAGUUUCAAGAAUUCAGUGGAAGGAAUCAACUGAAAGUGUCAGAUUAACUUUUGGGAAAAGGAACAGUCGACAGAAUUUAGUCUUCUACCUCUUCAGUGAUCUUUUAGUCAUAUCAAAGAAGAAAAGUGAUGAUAAGUAUGCUGUGAUAGAUUACUGUAACAGGAACCUGGUUCAAAUAUCUAGUUUAAACCGGGAGGAAUCCCCGGUCCCUGGUUUACCAGAGAACAGCUUCCCUGUGUGGAUUACUCUGCUACAGAACCAUGAACAUAGAACUCAGGAGAUGUUGCUGUAUUUUCAAAGAGAAACGGAUCGAAGAAACUGGAUUUCUCUUCUGAGUCCAUCUCUUCCACAGGAUACUGGAGAAGUUGUUUACGCAGAAUGGGAUUCUCCACGCGUUGAAUUCUCCCAGGCCUGUAACCCCAACAGCGCUUGCGCGUACAGUGUCGGGGAUACGGCCAGAGUUCUCAAGAAGACAGAGGAUAAAUACUUGGUGGAGAUAGAGGCAGAUAAACGUCAGUUCUGGAUUCAGCAGAACCUUACAAGAGAACUGGUUUCAGAUCACCUGAGAGCAAAGAACUUUAAACAGAGAUACCAGUUUCUUAAAUCCAUAAGUCAGGAGGCUUAAAACCUCUCUCCAGAUCUACGACAGAUUAUCCCACAAAGAAUGACGUCACAGAUACAAUAAACUGUUUCAAGAACGUGUUUGAACGAACUUUUACGCUGGGUUCAAAAUCAAUUUAGCCGGUUUAAAAUCUUUUAACGCUGUUUUAAAAGUCUAUGUAACUGGAACCAAGCUCAAAAGAGCUGGUUUCAUUUUCACGAUCAUUGAAGCAAGUUUCUUUAUCAUACUGCUUUUCAUGUCAGUUAAGUUGUUUUCCAGAUCAAUAAAACUGUUUUCUAGAUUAAUAAAACUGCUUUCUAGAACAUUGAAGCUAGUUUCUAGAUUAUUGAAGCUAGUUUCUUUACCAAUGUAACUGCUUAUCAUAUCUGUUUUCUAGAUCAAUGAAGCUGUUUUCUAGAUCAAUAACGCUGUUUUUUUUAAGAUUUAUAAAGCUGUUUUCUGAUCAAAAAGCUUUUUUCUAGAUCAAUAAAGCUGUUUUCUAGAUCAAUAAAGCUGUUUUUUUUUCUGUUUUAACUGAGUUAAAUAACUAUUUUUAGCAAGAUCUGAUUAUUUAAUAGAUAAGUUAGAUCUUACUUAAUCCAGCAAUUGUAUGUUGACCAAACGGAUUAUUCGAUAAAUCAAGUUAUAAUUCUAUAAUAUGAAUGCUAUUAUGUUGAGAUAUACAUUAUACAUAUUAUUUUGUUCAAAAACUGAGAUUAGACUUCGUAAUAGUGAGAGAUAGUUAAACCACUUUUAUAAUCCGCUAUUUAUUUAAUCUGGUUCGUGAGUAAACUAAAAACAAGAACAAUUGAUAAUUAAACUUUUAUUGACUGCAAAGAAUUACAAAUAAUUUACAAAACAAUUAAAUUCUUAAACAAUUAAAAUGAGAAUUCUGAAAGCUCAACUGUUCACAUAAUGAGCUCAGAUAAACGAUUGUAAAAAAAGAUAUUUUGUCAUUAAACAAUUUUAAAA